AUGAACUUUCCCACCUCCACCUCCAACGACUUCGCCUUCAACCCCAUCCUCAGCUCCAACAACCAGUCGCAACAAUCUCAACAGCAGCAGCAGCAGCAGCAGCAGCAGCAGCAGGUUCAAUUCUCCUCCCGUCAGCUCCAGCUUCAACAGCAACAACAGCAUCACCAUCAACAGCAGCAGCAACAGUUACAACAUUCAUUGCCGCCUCCGCAACCUCCUUCCCCUGCGUCGUCCGCCAACGCGCAAUCCCUCUCCGCCGCCCAGCAAGCCCUCGCUCACGCACAGUACCAGCAGUUCGUCCUUAUGAACGGAAUGAACGGCGGCAAUGUGCCCAACGGCAUGGGCGGCGUGCCCACCCCGGCCGGCCAGCAGGCCGAGCUCAAUUAUAUCUAUGGCAUGGUCGAGGAGCUUAGCAGGCAGCUUACGGAGAACCGCCGUGUCACCGAGGACAUAGUCUCUGGUCUUGGCAGGGUGCGCAGUCGCGCGAGAACACAGGGAACGGGCAAUGACGACCUGAUUCACAACGCCGCUGACGAUAUUCUUGCUCAGGAACAGAAUCUCGACACACUCAUCUCCAUCCUCUCCGAGUCUCUCGAAAAGGCAAAAUACAGCCGCGAUGCCAACGCGACACUCCUCAGCCAAUACGCGACAGUCUUCGCCGCAAUGCUGAAACAAUUCCACGAGUACAAGGCAAAACACGUCACUGACGUCGCCGCAUGGCAUCGCUCCUACCGAUCGCAGCUCGCCGAAGCCCGUGCCGAGAAUAGCAGACUCCGGGAGCAGAUCUGGGAGAUGCAGGAACGCGCCGGGAAGGCCAAUGAAGUGCUUCGCAACUUCCGGCGCAAGCACGACGAAGACGAGACGCGAUGGGAUCGGCGCGUGGAGGACGUUGCCGCGCGCCAGGAGCUUCGGUUCUGGAAGCGCAUGGCCAUGCCCGAGGUGAGCGACGAGGACCCGUGCUGGAGCGACGACGACGAUCUCAUCGACCCGGCGGAAAAGGAGCGUUUGAAGGAGCUGGAUAGGGAGCUGGAGAAGAGAGCUGCGCAAGAGCAACUUUCCGGAAGCCAGCAAAUGGGUGACGAAUACUCGCGUCCGCAGUCUCCAGAAUCUAGCAUGAUGGGCGGCGUCCCCAUGCAGAGAGACCUGGGGAUCCCCAUGGGCAUGCCCGUCCCGCCGCCGAGGCCCUCGAGUGCGAACUCGAGCACUGGCUCCUCUGGCCAGUGA